GAAGCGCACAUGCCAUGUGGUCUAUUGGGUCGACAAAUGAAGCUUGCAGCAGGCUGUAUUGAUUGAUGAAGUCAUCCAGCUAAUCCAGACUAGUUGGGGAUGCCCGCAUCGCUGCAGGCUAGGCAUCAGCUUAUAUAUCCCAGCCUGAGCUGCGUCCCACGAAGGGGAGCUUUGGAUCUUCAGCCUCGACGAUUUUUCUGUCUCUAUCAACAAAAAAAAAGUUGUGCUAGAUUAAAAGUCCAGAACAACUACUGAUUGGCACCAUGCAAAACAAUUAUAUUGGUGGAGGACUAUGCCAAUCUUGUGUGAAGGUUGGGCUUGCAGCACACAUUAAAACGCUACUCAUGAGAAAACACACUUUAUCUCACUGGAAACUUUCGGUAAUGAGAUCACCUUCCUGGAACUCGCUGGUAAUGGGCUCUGUGAGAUCCAUUAAAACUGGAGGCGAGUGCUCAUUUUGCGACCUUAUCCGCCAUCUCCUGAGCCCAGAUGUGGAUAGAUACUCUGGAAACGAAUCGACUAUCCAGGUCCUUUUUCAGAUGGAUGAAGCGAACAAAGAAGUUAGCUUAUUAAAAGCCAAGACGAAGGCUCCCGUUUUGUUCCUCGGUACAAUCACACGAUGUGACGGGAGCAUUGCAGCACUUGGAAAUGGGCGCGCUGACCAAAGUCCCGAAUAUGAUAGCGAAGAAUUGGAAUACGAUGCGUCCUUGCGAAUCCAGAAGAUACGAGACGUUCUCGUUACAUGCGAGGCGGAACACAACCAUGGCACAGCCGAACAGGAUCAGGGGCGCCGCGUACCUGUCGACAUGUUGUUUAUCGAUGUGAAGCAGGAGAAUCUGGUCCGAGUCUCAUCCAAACAGCGAUACUUUGCUUUGAGCUAUGUCUGGGGGACCACUUCGAUGUUUCAGACAAAAAUGGCCAACAUUCACAUCCUCCAGGAGCCAGGAUCUCUUCGUCGUCAUUGGCAGCAGUUGUCUCAAGUAAUCAAAGAUGCCAUAUUACUUGUGCAAAUGCUCGGGGGGCAAUACUUGUGGGUUGAUUCGCUAUGCAUAGAGCAAGACAACCCAGUGCAAAAGCAGGGCCAAAUCGCACAAAUGGACCUCAUAUAUAGCCAUGCCCUGUUGACCUUGGUCGCAUGGUCGGCUGAGGACGCCACAUCAUCACUGCCAGGCGUAAGACUGAAUACUUCUCGUAGCCCUCUCUUGAUAAGAUCAAUAUUCGGGCCUCUUUACAAGGCCACGCCGUUUGACCUUAUGCUGGACAGAUAUUCUAACAGGUGGCCCGUUAUUGUGCCAAAGUACAAUACCCGAGCUUGGACUUUUCAGGAGCGCCUUCUGUCUCCCAGGUGUCUUUUUUUCACUUACUACGACGCUAUCUUUGUUUGCGACUCGGAAUUUUCCAUUGGUAUCAACAGCAACAUAAAGACAAAGGAUCCUGACUUUGUGUCUUUCCGAUCCCCACAUCUGGCCAAUCAACUAGCUUUGCGGGAGAUGAAACCAGAGAGGGCACUGUUCAUCUACGAACAUUUGGUCUCCCAUUAUACGAAGUUACAAGCCUCUCGUGACACCGACACGUUGAACGCUUUUUCGGGGAUCCUUACGACAUUGCGGCCCAUAAUGGGGAACUUCCUACAGGGUACACCUCUACGAUGUUUUGGCUCGGCACUACUUUGGAAACCUUCAUCCAUUGAGCAUAAUCUUGAAAGAAAUAAGAAUUUCUCCAGCUGGUCUUGGGCUGGGUGGCUGGGCCAGACAUGUUAUGACAGUCGAAAAUGCAUAAUCAAUCUGCUACAAGAAGUCAAUGUCUCUUACCAAACGCCAGAGAGAUCUUUGGUUCUUAAUGAAUACGAGAAGUUUCCUGGGGACAGCGCGAACCUUGGCCCGCAAUCCGACUUAUCAGAGUUGCAGAUGGGCGUCGACAUAAUUUCAUUCUUCGCUGAUUCCGUUCCCAGCAAUACCUUUUGUGUCAACUCGUUCGCUGGGACUAAUUUCGUUCGGGUUGUGGACCGUCGGGGUUUUUGGUGCGGUGCCCUCUUUUUCAAUCAGCUUUGUCAAUUCGAUGACGGCUCAGAACUCUCUCUUGUCCAGGGAAAUUGUCAACUUGUCUUGCUUUCUAGGCAGUUGGCGCAUAAUGACCGCAGUUUAUACGAUCCGAAGUUGGUUCCAAAACCCUGGUGGUUCCUAAACAUCAUUCUAGUCUGCUGGAAAGGUGCACAUGCCGAGAGACUGGCAGUAGGCACUAUUCAUUAGAUGCCUGGAUAGAAGCUGGACCGAAAAAGAGUCGCGUCAUACCCGGUUAAUCUGUUCCAUUACGAAUACUCUUACUCAAGCUAUACAAAGUUUCUUCAUCAUCCCCUCCAGCUCGCACACCACCUGUCCGUACACGGCGUUCUGCAAAUCCGGCUUGCUUAAAUCAUUUCCGA